AUGCAUCCCACCCACACCCUCUUCCUCCUUGGGUCUCUCGCCCUCACCCCAAUCAUCCAAGCCCACUACAUCUUCUCCCAGCUCCUCGUCAACGACACCCCCAUCGGCCAAGACUACACCUACGUCCGCAAAAACACCAACACCUACAUGCCCUCCUUCACCAGCGAAGUCAUCUCCUCGCCCGACGCCAUCUGCAACAAAGGGGCCCACACGAUGUCCUCGCAGACCCUCACCGUCAAAGCGGGCGACAAAGUCGGCUUCAAACUGGCCUACAACGAGCUCAUCGAACAUCCCAGUCCCGGCUUCAUUUACAUGUCCAAGGCUCCCGGUGAUGUCAAUGACUACAAGGGUGAUGGGGACUGGUUCAAAGUGUGGGAGAGCGGUGUCAAUGGGCCGGCGAAUGUCGAUACCAAUUGGGGAACCUGGCAGAAACCGAGUAUGACCUUUACUAUUCCCAAGGACCUGCCUGAUGGAGAGUAUCUCGUUCGUCCGGAACACAUCGCCAUCCACGAAGCCCAUGUCGGCAAAGCGCAGUUCUACAUGGAGUGUGCGCAGCUCAGCGUCUCGGGUGGAGGAAAUGGUACUCCUGGUCCACUAGUCAAGAUUCCAGGCCUGUACAGUGCCGAGGACCCCGGCAUUGCAUACAAUAUCUGGACGGACAAUCCGGCGCCGUAUGUCAUGCCUGGGCCAAAGGUGUGGUCUGGGCGUGUUUCUUCAGGUUCGAACGGCGGUGACUCGACUUCUCCUGCUGAGACUCCGGCGGAGACUGGCACGGGAGCUGGCAAUGGCAAUGGCAACGGCGGCUCGAGCUCGAGCUCGGCUUCUACUGCAGGCUUCGGCUCGACCAGUACUCAUUCGCCAGCAUUCCCGACCACCUUUGCUUCACCAGGUAAUGUCCCUCCCGGACCAGGCAGAUGGAUGGGCGGUUGGAACAGCCGCGUCAAAGGUCGGUCGGCCAUGUGA